AUGCAGCCCGAGAUCGAGCGGGAGAUGCGGCGGAUCCGCAACGCGAUGCGGGCGCUGGACGCCAACGUCAAGAAGCUCGCGGCCGUCAACAACCACAUCGUGACCUUCAACAGCCGCUUCGGCGGCCUCAUGACGGGCAUCUCGCUGCAGCAGUCCUGCAUCGAGCCGCCCAAGAAGAAGGCGCCGCCGCCGUCCAAGAUUCCGGUCCUCGCGCCCGUCAUGAGCGCCAGCCCCACGACGCCGACGGACGCGCCGAGGCCAAAGAAAGCGGCAAAGUCUGCGCCCAAGCCGCCGCCAUCCCGCACCUGGAACUGGCCCAAAGGCGUGCGGUCCAAGAUUCCGAAGAAGUACCAGACGCCGUCCGAGAUGAACAAGGUCGAGCGCAUCCUCUUUGUCCUCGCCGACUCGCUUCGGGGCAUGGCCAUCGGCGACCUCGUCAAGGCGACGCAGGUGACGGUCAUCCAGUGCAAAGAGAUCCUCCAGACGCUCAUGAAGCUCGAGCAGAUCAAGCGCAAGCGCGAAAAAGAGGGGUUUAUCUACUGCCGGGCAUAA